GCCUCGGCGCGUGCGUGGCUUCGGAUGUUUCGCGGCGUACUCUGGCCUUGUUGCGAGUGGAACUAGGCAGACGGCGAUGCCUCGUGGCACCGAGGGAGUCUUGUGGGCCUCUAGAGCAGACAUGUGUCCCCGACGAACCUUCUAGAGCUUCUUUCCCCAGGGGGUUAUACCGGCCAUUUAGCUGACGGUUCGUAUGGUAUGUCCACUUUUGCAGCGGCCUGCUGCGCCAUGCGGGCAGCGAGCCCCGGAAUCAAGCUUGGUUAGGGCUGUGUUUCGACUGUCGACUGUACAAGCUCAACAUCUCGCCGCGACCUCUGCCAGACGAACGAAUCGUCUGGUCGGACGGCACUCAAGCCACCCGUGCCCAUACACCCGCGUUCCGCCCGCUUGAUCGGUCUCCCACGUCAAGAGAACCUCGAUCAAUGAUCUGCCUGUUCGCUAUGCAGCCUUCCCUGCGCCCAGACGGUGAGUAGGUGCCCGCGAGACGGUCUCAUGAGCUCCGUUCGCCUCGGGCGGCUGUUGCGCUUUGAAUACGGUGACGUCCUUGUACAGCAUGGGACGCGGCCACGUGUCGGGUGGAUUCUCCGCGUCGCCCAGACCAACCGACGCUGCGAGCCUUCUCAAGUCGGGGGAGCACUGGCGUUCUCGAACCAUGGUGUUCUGCUCUCUCGUGGGUAUAUAUACAAGCUCGAGCAAGCCGAGUUGACCAGCAGCAGCAGCAGCAUCCUACGCUCUCUCGCCAUCGCAUCUACUCGCAAUCCUCAACCCGUCAGCACAUCUUUCGCCACCCCCCACCAGUCAGUCACGAUGCAGUUCACGACGCUCGCCCUCGCGCUCCUCGCCGCCGUCUCCACGACCCUCGCGGCCACCGUCACCGUCUCGUACGACGAGACGUACGACAACUCGGACGGGCAGCUCACGACCGUCGCGUGCUCGGACGGGCCCAACGGGCUGAUCACGAAGGGCUUCAGCACGUUCGGCUCGCUGCCGCACUUCCCGAACAUCGGGGGCGCUGCGGCGGUCGCGGGCUGGAACUCGGCGCAGUGCGGGUCGUGCUGGCAGCUGACGUACAACGGGAAGAGCAUCAACGUGCUCGCGAUCGACCACACGGACUCGGGGUUCAACGUCGCGCUCGGCGCGCUGAACACGCUGACGGACAACCAGGGCGUGUUCCUGGGCCGGGUGAACGCGACUGCUAAGCAGGUCGCUGCUUCCGCUUGCGGUCUGUAGACGGUACGUGUCUCCGUGAGGGCGUUCUGCAGAGGAUUGGAUAUGUGCUCAUGCGGAUGCUUAUAUUGCAGAGCAUGACGGACGUUGCACACGUCAGAGUUUACGACGGACAUUCGGAAUGCUUACGGACUGCACACGAACACUCACGGACAUUGUAAAGGACCACGGACUAUCUUGCAUAGGCAUACAUGUUCUGUAGCCACGAUUGGGCUGGUUUGCGAAUGUCAUUCAUGAAAGUGUACACAGC